CUCAAGAUAUGGCACGAGUAGUACCAGAUUCAGCUACUCAGGUUGACGAACUCUGUCCUUCAACUACUGCUGCAGCACUCCAUUGCAAAUCUGGUAAGCAACCAAUGAAUGAUAUAAAGCAAGCAGUUCAGACCUCGAUAAUCAGCGCUAGAGGCCUCACCGAGCCAGCAUGUCUCAUUCCUUCAGCCGUGACUUCAAUGGACAUUUCUAGUAAUGAAUUUGGUAGUUUAGUUGAGACAAAAAAAACGCAACAGCUGGCAUGUGAUGUAAAGGCUGAAGAUCUAGGGAUCACCGGGAAAGGAAAUAUUUCAAGGAAAAAUUGUAAACCAUUCCAAAUGAAGAGGGAUCCUGUUAAUGCAUCUGAGACUAAAUCCGUUCCUCUGGAUAACCACUCACUUGACGCUUCAGAAAUCAGUAAUUUGGACCGAGAAAAGUCUGAGACUAUAUUUCACAUGACAAUGGACGUUGGCGGAUUUAGGAUUGAAGUAAACGAAGUCGAAAUAGAGCCGUCCGAUACUCAAAAAAACACUCGGAACAUUUUCGAAGCAGCUUCGAAUAACCCAUCGGUUCAACAUUCAGUCGUAAUACAAGUGGCAGAGGAUUUAAUUCCAAAACGUCCAAAAGGUGAAGACGUUAAACGUAAUAUGCGUAACAUCCUGGAGACCGGCGAUCCAUUAUACCCAUUUAAAAAACGGAAUAUCGAUAUUAAAUCCAGCAUCUUCCACGCACCGGUACCGGUACACGAAGAGGAAUGUGAUCAUGAUUUCUGUGAUCUAAAUCAUUCCGAAAACAUUGCAACGCUUAGUAAACUAGACGCACACUUAGGAAGUAAUAAUAAACAAGUCCCUAGAAAAACUCGGCCUAAGAUGGCUAGAAAUUACACAAAUAUUUCAUUAGCAGUGAAUGAUUACAGCAGUAUCAAUUGUAGUGCCAUUGACUAUAAAAUGACAUCUAAACCUACAACUAUUGAUCUAGAUCUAUCGAAAACGAAAUCAUUAUUACCAGAAUCGCCUAUACCAGGCCAUCGGGCACGACUACGAGCUCAAAAAGAACUUGCUCAAAAAAAAGCUCUGGAGAACCUGGAAGAGUCGAACCAUCCCGCAAAGCGACCAAGACUUGAUUCAAAGAGAAAUCCUUCAGAGAAAACAGAGUUUAUUUGUUCUAAAGCCAAGAUGCAAGGCUUGAGUGUAAAAUCAAAACAUCUUGAUAAAGAUCCUCAUUUAGCAGAACGAUUACUUAGUUACGCCAGGACAAUUGAAUCGGUGGUUUCAUCAUCAAUUGCUGAAAAUCCCAAUGAAGUAGGUCCAGAGGAUUCAAAUCGCCUCGAUGAUCAAGCGGCUGAAUUCGCGGACUGUUCCAGAAAGGCGACGGAAGUAGUCAAGAUGGAAUAGAACAAUAGCGGCAAGAGUUUUUUGGAAGAAACUUGUUUGAAAAGAAUCUUAAAUUGCUGUAAGGAAAUGUCCUCAGUGAAGCAGGAGUUAUUAGUAACAAUAAGCGUAGAGUCGGACUGGAAAAACCAGUUAGAAGCUGGAAAGCAUCAAUUAACUUACUUAUUCAGACAAAAAAUUAUGAUAUUUUUAUAACAGAAUCUCAUUCUUUAGUGUUUAAACUGAUAUCUUUUCUGUGAGAAAAUUUACGUGACUCAGAUUAGUACAAUAAAACGGGAAUACUUUGCGCUAGUUUUUGAUCUUUAGAAGUGUAUUAAUCCGUAGAAGCUCUGGAUGUUCUUUGAAUUCUUAAAAUAAAAUUGACUAAUUUACCGACAUUUAUUUUACUACGUUCGUUUUUUUAUCGCUAAAAGUAUAUCCCGUUAUGGGUAUCGGCAUCGGCUGUAUCUCUUUUUUUUCUCCCAUUAGACUAUCGCUGGUGUAAAGUUAGACUGGACCGAUUAUUAUAUAUAUUUAUUUUAAAUAAACCGAACUUAAACGACUGCGUGACUGCUGAAUAAUUUUAUAUAUUUUAUAUUCAGGUUUUUAAUAAUUUAAUACACAUUAACAAGCUGUGUUUUAUGUCAGAUACAAAAGAUCUGUCAAGUGAAAUUCGUGAAUAUAUUAAAUUUAAAAGAUUCAGAUCUGUGGGUUCUUUUGAAAGAUUCAGAUCACUGCCGGCUAGUUCCGAUACGUCCAUUGCUACCUAUUGAUGAUUCAUAUAUCCAAAAUUUGUAAACGUACUUGUAUUUGUUAUGCAAUAUAAAUAUCACCUAUUCACCGUACUUGAAGAAAUUGAUAAUGUAAUAAUAAAUAAUUUUCGGUUAAUUGAUUUUAAAUUAUUCUGUAACUAUAGAUGCUUUAAAUUAGUGUGUUGGCUGUAAAUUACUUUAUUUCCAAUAGGAAUACAAUAGUGUUAUAUUAAAAGAGCCGAAUCUAAGUUUAAUUUGAUAGUAGACAUGCUGGAAAUUGGUGAGCAAUGAACGAAUCUACAGACAAUGCGGUAUAUUUAAAGAGUGAGCAACUUAAACCGGAAACUGUAAAUAAAAACAAUACUAACAAUUCGUCCAUUGGCAAUGGCUCACCAAAAAAUAAAUCAGCUGAAAAUUCUAAGGGGUCCGAUGCUCAAGCAUGUGUUAAUAGUAAUGGCCCAAAGAGAAAACGAGGCAGACCUCCAAAAAUUAAAAACAAUACAGUUGACUCCUCUAUGUCCAUGUCGUCGGAAUCGCAGCCAGCAUCAGUUAACCAAAGGAAGCGGCGAUCAACGAAAAACACAUCAAAAUUCAUUUUCAGCGACUCUGAUGAUGAUGAUGAUAUGCUGGAGAAAAAAUCUAAAUGUAAGAAAUUAAAAAUGGAAGACAAUGUAUCUAACGACGGAGCUGUUGAAGAUGAAAAUAAACAAAGUUUAACAAAAACCGCUAAGGAAAAUCAAAGCGAAGAAGGAGAUAAAAAUCACACUGUAGAUCAGAGCAAUGGUAUAGGAAAAGAGGUACCAAAGAAAAAACGUGCUGGAUCAGGAUAUACAGCUCUUGCCAUAAACCACAUAUUUCAAACAUUAGCGGGCUCGACUCAAGCAGAUUCAAGCGGUAGCUCGCAGGUCGUAAUUGAAGGGAAGAUAGGCAGGCCGAAAAUUAAUAAUGAUUCAUUACUCGAUGAAAAUGGAGAGUCUAUUUGCAUGGUUUGUAAUGAAACAAUUGUUAAUACAAAUUGGCUGAAGCACAAGAGAAAAGUACACUACAACUUAACGUGGAGACAAGGAGAAACACCAAUGGAUAUUUUAAAUACUCAAGUGAUCCAGAAGGUUCUUACUCAACUUCGUAAAGAACAAGGAUAUUUAAAAUGCAACAAAUGUGGAUCUCAACCCGGCGGAGUUAAGGCAUUUAUGACCCACUUAGAGAAAUGUCACGGAAUCGUAAGUGAAACUGGUCUGGUUAUAUGCGCAGUAUGCAAAGUUGAAAUGCCGAAAGAUGAUUGGUCAAAGCACAAGUACAAGGAGCACAAUAAUCUGACUUGGAGAGAAGGUGAAACACCUUUGAAUCUUCAAGAUCAGAAUUUAGUGACGCGAAUCCUAGGGCAAUUAUGCAAAUUGAAGAAACCAUUACAUUGCGAAACAUGCAAACAACAAAAGAAAUCUGUAUUGGGGUAUCUGUCGCAUAAAAGCAUUUGCCAAUUAAAUGGUUUAGAAGCAGAGAGCAUUAAAGCGGAAUGCAAGCUGUGCGGAAAGAAAAUGAUGCCCGUUAGUCUUAGUUGGCAUAUGAAGACUCAUACUAAUGAGACUACACGCGAAGAACCACAAAAAUCCGACUAUUUCAAAGUUGAAACGCCUACCAACAAGAGACGGGCUGCUACAGACGCUGCUCGUUAUAUUCGGUCAAUCAAGGGUGAGUCCAUCAUCAGCUCAAAGUACUACGUUAGUGAGUGUGAUUUUCAAGAUCAGUUCGUUAUCAGCAAGCUCAAGAAAAUUGCGGCAGCAUCUCCCGAAUUGGAUUGCAUCUUUAACGACUGUUCAUUUAAAACUGAUUCAGUUAACACUAUGGGAGAUCACUUGAACAAUUGCUCUAAAAAACCCGAACAGUACAUUGUCUGUAAGCUGUGCUUGUUUUGGGCUGAAGACGAAACGUCGGUAAAAGAUCACCUGAAAAUGGUGCAUAAUCGAAGUGCUGAUGUUAAGGAUGCUGAGUUUGGAGAACGCCUAGAAGAAUCCGGUUCUGAAGCCGAUGAACUCAUGGAGGAAAUCGAUGUUCAGAAAAAGAAGCUUAACCGUAAGGCUAAAGGUGCUUUAACGCAAGGGACAAAUUCCAAAGUCAAACCAAUGUUCUUGAUGCAUCCUAUUAGAGAAGAUCGCAAGCUGUUAGUAUAUGCACAGGCAUACCCCUGGAUGCUGAGUUUCUGUAAAAAAUACUAUACCAACUCGUCUUUAUUCGACUGCUUUCGAAACCGUGAAUCGUGGCAAGUAUUGGACUGUGAUAUUUUAAUUAAGUAUUUGCCAAGAAUUCAUGAAUCCUGUGAUAUUACCGUGAAAACGCUUAAAGCGGCUGAGAGUACUAAUAUUAAAGCUGAUGCUUCAUUUACAAAAUUGGGCCUGUUCGAACAUCGCAACUUUUAUGAUGGUGAAGCUACUUUAUACUGUGGUGGUCCCGUUUCAAACCUGGCUUGGUUGCCAACACCAUUCAAUGAAGAAAGUCAUGAUCAAAUUUUAGCAGUUUCAGUCUUUAAUGAUGGAAAUGCAGAUUAUUCUGUAGAUCGUAUCUAUAAUGAACCACACAUUAUCCAGUUUUGGAAAAUCGAAAAUUUGGACUUCAAUGAGAAAUCUAAAAUUGCUUCUACCUUUUUAUUUGGCUUGGCCGUAAAUGCGGGUCCAAUUUGGCACAUGGAGUGGUGCCCAUCAGGAUGUUUGGAUACUUCAGAAGGAAGUACUGGUAGAAGAUUGGGCUUGUUAGCUGUAGCAACAGCAGAUUACUUUGUAGAUAUUUAUUGUGUAGAUGAUUUAAAGAACGAGAGCGACCGAGGUUUAGUCUAUUCACAAAAACCUGUGGCAAAACUGCAACUUGAAGAUGAAAAAGCACCAAACGGACUUCCCUACUAUGCGACCAAAAUAUCAUGGACAAAGGCCAAUGGACAUAGAUAUAUUGCGGUAGGAUAUUCAAACGGUAUGAUCGCUCUAUAUGAUUUGAAUUCAACCUCAUCCUUACUGCGUAGACAAGAUCAGGAUGAUGUUACCGUAAUUUUAUCUUCUCAAACGUUCCAUGGACACGUCUCAUGCAUAAUAGGGCUGACUUUGUCUCAUUACGAUAAUGGAAAUCGUUUCUGCUUUUCAACAAGCUUAGACAAAGUUUGCAUAUAUUGGGAUUUAUCUAAUAAUACCAAAGUAUCAUGUAGCCGUAAGUUUGGAAUCGCUGAUGGACAGUGGCUUACGCAGUGGCCAGCUUGUUUAAUUGCUGAAGACGAAUCCACAUUUAACGAUAAAUAUUUGGCGCAGACCUUAGUUAAACCUAUAAGAGGCAUUAUGUCUGGUGAAUAUUGGACCAGAUAUACGUUUUCGCAAUCCGGCAUCAAGUCCGUUUCGUUCAGUGAUUGGCUCAAUUUAAUUUUGCAUGGAGGGAACGCUGGCGAUGUAAUGGGGCUGUUUGCUCAUCGCCUCUUUUUCAACAUAGACAGCAAGCAUUUUAAAAAAUGCUACGUAAAAUGUCUUUUUUCUACAUCUAAACUAGUUAAGAAAGACAAUUCUUCAAGUGAUAGUUCUGAUGUUGCAACAUACGGUCAAGCUGCGGCUCAUUAUGGUCUUGCAUUUCUGGACUAUAAUUCGGGUAAACUAACCGAAAUUCCAAAUUCUAAUACUAAUGAUGUCAAGCGUGUGAAAGUGAGCCAGUAUAAUAUCCACGACUAUCCGUUGCAGGCUGUAACUAAGGUAGCUCUCAAUCCAAAUUUGCAGUAUAAUAAAAUGUAUGCUACUGGCCACCAAGCUGGUUUUGUUAGAAUUCGAAGCAUGACAUUUGUUAAAAAUAAUUUAAUGUCUAACACGUUUACGGAAUUUAAUUUAUCUGAAAGCCUUUGAGAAGCAGUUUGUUCGCUUAUGUAUGAGUUAAUACUUGACAAUUACGGUAAAUGUCUACCUUAAUUUUAUGCAUGUGUUUUAAUUGUAAUUUAUUAAAAUUUAAUUUACAGACUCCAAUUAUAUUGUUACCUUGAUUAUUAAAAGUCUAUAAAUGUC